CUUCCUCUCUGGCUAUGGUGAGAGGGAGGAGCCUGGAGCCCCGAGAAGACUAACAUAUUCCACCCCGGGUGACACAUCCUCUGUGUCAGAGAAGCAUAGAGGCUACCAUCAGGGAACAGGGACAGCCAGAUCCAGCUGAGGCAUUGAAGAAGGCAGGAGCAGGGAGGAGUGGGAUUUGCCCUGCUCUCUGGGGGCUCAGCAUGACUUUGUGUCAUCCAGACCCACUGGAGUUGAGUCAGAUUGAAGUUGAGGAGCUCCAGACGAUCCAGUGGCAUAGGAAACAGCUUCUGGAAGACAUCCAGAAGCUAAAGGAGGAAAUCGCAGAAGUGUUUGCCCAGAUCGACUGCUUUGAGAAUGCGGAGGAGAGUCGCCAGGCCCAGAAGGAGAAAGAACUAUGCAUCGGCAGGAAGAAAUUCAACAUGGACCCCAGCAAGGGGAUCCAGUACCUUAUUGAACGCAAGCUCCUCUCUUCCAAUAUAGAGGAAAUCGCCCAGUUUCUCUAUAAGGGGGAGGGGCUGAACAAAACAGCCAUCGGAGACUACCUGGGGGAGAGGGAUCCAUUCAACCUCAAGAUCCUUCAGGCCUUUGUGGAAUUACAUGAGUUUGCCAACCUCCACCUAGUGCAGGCACUGAGACAGUUUUUAUGGAGCUUCAGGCUUCCCGGGGAGGCCCAGAAGAUCGAUCGGAUGAUGGAGGCCUUUGCGGCACGGUACUGUCUCUGCAACCCAGACGUCUUUCAGUCCACAGACACAUGCUAUGUCCUGUCCUUCUCUGUCAUCAUGCUCAACACCAGCUUGCACAACCCCAACGUCCGGGACAAACCCCACUUCGAACGAUUUGUGUCCAUGAACCGAGGGAUCAACAAUGGCGGAGACCUGCCUGAAGAGCUCUUGAAGAAUCUCUUUGACAGCAUUAAGAGUGAGCCCUUCUCCAUCCCAGAGGAUGAUGGGAAUGACCUCACUCACACCUUCUUCAAUCCAGACCGGGAAGGCUGGCUCCUCAAACUGGGAGGAAGAGUGAAGACUUGGAAACGCCGUUGGUUCAUCCUGACAGAUAACUGUCUCUACUACUUUGAGUUCACCACGGAUAAGGAACCCCGAGGCAUCAUCCCGCUGGAGAAUCUCUGUGUCCAAAAGGUGGAUGACCCCAAGAAGCCGUAUUGCCUGGAGCUCUAUAACCCCAACUGCAGAGGCCAAAAGAUCAAAGCGUGCAAGACAGAUGGGGAUGGGAAGGUCGUAGAAGGGAAGCACCAGUCCUACAAGAUCUCUGCCACAAGCCCAGAAGAAAGGGAUGAAUGGAUCAAGGCCAUAAGGGCCAGCAUCACCCGCGUUCCAUUCUAUGACCUGCUCUCUGCUAGAAAAAAGAAGAUCGCCAACAAACAGUGAGCAACCAUUGGGUUGCCAGUUUGUCCUUUGAGGACUGAGGUGACCUGUGAUUCUAGCAGUCCCUGGAAACAACCAUCUGCCUCAUACUCAUCCUUUGCAGGGCCCUCUCCUACCUCAACCUCCUCCUUCCCACCUUCCCAAAGGCUCCACUAGAGAUGAAGGGAGUAGAAGCAGAAAUGGAGAGAUGAGUGUGAAAUCAAGGAAAGAAGCCACAGUGUGGGGGGAGCCAGUCUCCCCUUCCUUGGCCUUGAAUCUCCUUCGAGAUUGGCCAAGGGGGCAUGAUAGUACCACUCAUCCAUAUUGGCCUGAAGAUGUUGGAAAGUCUCUGUACCCUAAUCUUCAUUUUGUAGUCAUCCUCUCUUUGGGUGUCUACUGCAACAAGGAGAGUAGGAUUGGGAGACUGAGAAACCCCAGACAGGGUUCUUGGGGGCACUCAGGACUGGCCAUAGGGCUAUAGCAAGUGGGGCGGAGCAAGCAGGGACAUGCAUGCCAUUUGGUGGGGAGCCCACUUGGAAGAGCUCCUUCUCCAAUACUGAUGUUUACUAUCCAGGUGACGUUGGACGAGUUAAUUGAUCUCUUUGAGUAUAAAUGUACUCAGGAGAUGCACCAAGCAACCCCUGAGGUCCCCAAUCCUAUGCGUGCCCUUGACCACCUUCUGCAUAUAGUCAAGACUCAACCUCAAAGCCCCAUCAUUAUCGGCACCUCCACACUAAUUUCCUAUCCCCAGCUGAAGGGGCCACAGAAAGACUAAGGAUGUAAGUUAGCUGGCUCCCCUGCAUUUGAGGGGGCCUUCCAAUCAAGGUCAAGAAGGAGGCAUGGACACUCUUGUGUCCCAUCCUACAUGUCUGAGAUGCCCCCCACCCCGCCUCAAAACUGACAAUAGAAUUGGGCAGCCAGUCUCCAACAAGGCACAACCAACAACAGAAGACAAAAUGUACCACCUCUGAAUGUUUGCAGAACAGUGAUUUUUUUAAAGGACCGAUCACACUCCACCCUCUGCCUCACAGAGGUAGAUGAAGAAAACACUUUGGAAACUGUAAAUCAAUGCAGAAAUGGCAACUCAACUAACAAUUCAGUUCAACUAACACUGAUUAAAGGGCUAACUUAUGUA